UUCGGAUCUGGCUUCCCAGGACCCAACUGCUUCAAGGACAUCACUAUAACUGCCAAUGGAAAGACCGCUACUGCUCAGAUCAUUGACAAGGCGAGCUUCUUUACAUUAUCGCGGCAUAAUGGACCUUCCAUCCUUACUGCUUCUUGCCCAGGAUGUCCGGAAGGAGGACUCGACUUGAGUCCUUCACUUUUCAGUAAGCUUGGAGACGAGAGUCAAGGAGUUCUGACAGGGGAAUGGAGCUUUGACUAA